GCAGUUCGUGCUCCUGUCUCUAGUCUCCAUGGUAGAUACGAACGACCAAUUGCAAAUUACCGACGGAGCCAGACCACGUGGAUCCCUGAACAACAGAUAAUAUAUUACUCGAGGUUAACUGUAAACAAAUAUUCUUCUUGUUCAAUUAUCACGGACAAUUAGCGCAAAAAAUGAAACAUCCGAUAGAGGCGGUAAUCGAUAAAGUUUCUCUCAAACCUAAUAAAAUUCAACCGAUUAUUGUUGAUUUUCAAAACGGAGAACUAAAGGAUGAUGAGGCUGUCAAUAUGGAAUGUGGAUUGUACUGUGACAACAAAGUCAACAGACAACUACUCGCUCUUUCGAACGGGCAGGUGGUUUAUAAAGGUUACCGACCUAAUCCUGACGAAGCUCCGACCUAUACCAUGCUUGCCAUUCACAAUAGGAAAACUGGCAAAGUCCGUUUAGUCCAAGCUGAGAGAUGGCAGGUAGCUCCCGUACUGGACAAAGAACCAAAGGGCGGCAAGGACGUAGAUGACGACAAAAUUGCUCUACUGAAUAAACAGUUUGGUUCCAAAAGGGUUAAACGAAGAACGGAGCAGAUAGAGAGAAUGAAAAUUAAUGUCAACUCUGUUACGAAACAACUGGAGGAAACAGUUUCUAACAUUAGUAUCGAAAGGACAGAUCUUUCACUACCGUCGUUGCACGACGAAUCGGUAGCGAACACAAAUUUACCUGAGUGCAACAGGAAUGCUUCCGAUGUUCAAGAUGUAUAUAAUAUAAAUGACAUCGUUCCUCUGGCUAAACUGGAAACCUUGUAUGAUGCUGCCAAAACCGUCUUAAAUCAAGAACAAGAAGGAAAAUCUAAAUUCUUUAUGGAAACUUUAAAAGUGUUGAGGACGGACGAUGGUUGCACAGUAAAAAUUGCACUACUGCUUUACCUAGAAGCAGUUGCUGCUUGGCUCAAUAUGCCAAUAAAAGAUGCCAAGAAGAGAGGAAUAAUAAUAUGUAGCGAAUCGAGUGAUGUCAAUGACUACGUUAUACAAACUUAUAGCAUGCGUAGUGCUCAGGGGAGGCAACGGCCGAACAGCAUGCGAGACAAAGGAAUUAUGCACUGCUUAAUCCUCGGUCUUACAAUAUCAAACUUUACACUGGACUUGAAUCUUUUCACAACGAUUAUAAAAAACGGUGCUGGAAUUAAGAAAUUGGGGGAAUUGGCGAGAUUCGUAGGUGCAGUGCCGACAAAAGACAAUAAGAACGUUGUAGUACUUAAACUACCAUUGCCACCGCAGUUAGCGCUAGCUAAAAAAGGAAAAAAGAAGAAAUAACCACUCUUCUAUCGAAAUGUGUAUUCAAGCUCAAUACUGUAACGAAUCCAUAUUUUAUUGCACAAGAUGCCGGGAUUAUUCUAAUAAAUAUAUUAAUAAUA